CCGGCCGUGCUCCGGGCCCCACCCCCUUCCCUGGCUCGUCGCUGCGCCGAGACCCCUCCCCAGCGUCCCAGGCGCGGGGCCACUCGCCCAGAUUCCCAGUAAACUUUCCCACCCUGGGCUCGAGAUCCUGGACUCCGGGGCUUCCCGGCCUGGUUCCUCCUCGAGCCUCUCCCUGGACUAGAAGCGAGCAGCCCCCUUCCCCACGGCCCUCCCUCCGUCUCCAGCCUCUUUGGGGAGGGGGCUCUCCGCGCGCCGGGGGAGUGCCCGAGGGUGACCAGCGCCUCGCUCGCCUUCCUAUCUCGCCUGUGCCUGCAUAUCAUUUCCAAACGAAGCUGCCCGCAGGAUGACCACGCUGGCCGGAGCUGUGCCCAGGAUGAUGCGGCCGGGGCCGGGACAGAACUAUCCGCGCAGCGGGUUCCCGCUGGAAGUGUCCACCCCCCUCGGCCAGGGCCGAGUCAACCAGCUGGGCGGUGUGUUUAUCAACGGCAGGCCGCUGCCCAACCAUAUCCGCCACAAGAUCGUGGAGAUGGCCCACCACGGGAUCCGGCCCUGCGUCAUCUCCCGCCAGUUGCGCGUGUCCCACGGCUGCGUCUCUAAGAUCCUGUGCAGGUACCAGGAGACUGGCUCCAUCCGGCCGGGUGCCAUUGGCGGCAGCAAACCCAAGCAGGUGACGACGCCUGACGUGGAGAAGAAAAUUGAGGAAUACAAGCGAGAGAACCCGGGCAUGUUCAGCUGGGAAAUCCGAGACAAAUUACUCAAGGACGCGGUCUGUGACCGAAACACCGUGCCCUCAGUGAGUUCCAUCAGCCGCAUCUUGAGGAGUAAAUUCGGAAAAGGGGAGGAGGAGGAGGUCGACCUGGAGCGGAAAGAGGCAGAGGAGAGCGAGAAGAAGGCGAAACACAGCAUCGACGGCAUCCUGAGCGAGCGAGGUAAGUGGCGCGCCGAGGGCCUGCGCCGGGCGGCAGUCGCGCUCCGGAGCCGGGGGCCGGAAGGCGGCCCAGCUCCCGUGGGUGUCCAGGUCUCCUGGCUCCUGCCCACGCCACCCGGGCUGGGGCUUACUCAGAUGUUUUUGGAAGUGGAGAAGAAACACGUCUUUGUUGAUAGAUGUGUACAGUUCUGGAAGCUGGAAGUAAAACUUCCUGAAGGCCUAAGACUGAAGAAGAAGUUGUGA